GAGGGAAGAGUCGUGGCGCACGUCGACAUGGAUUGUUUUUACGUACAAGUGGAGCAGAGGAGGGACGAGAGUCUGCGAGGCAAGCCCGUCGCCGUCAUACAGUACAACCCCAACGGGGACCUCCAGGACGUCAGGCCGGACGAGAACAGGAGGUGCGAUCACAGCGACGGCAGUCUGAUCGCCGUGAGUUACGAAGCAAGGGCCAAGGGGGUGAAGCGAAUCAUGCGGGGGAAGGAAGCAAGACAGGCGUGUCCUGACCUGAUCCUCAUCCAGGUCCCUGUAGCGCACAAGAAGAGCGACAUCAACCUGUACCGGGAAGCAGGAGCCGAGGUCGUCAACGUGCUUGCCCGCUUCUCGUCCGCAUGCGAACGAGCAUCCAUCGAUGAGGUGUACUGUGACAUCACCGAUGCUGCUCUCCUGCAGCUGGACGAGAUCGAGCGGAACUUCGGCGCGGACGUGGGGCCGACGCUGCUCGACGAGAUGGACAAGACGUGGGUAGCGGGGUACGAGCAGCAGACCGGUAACGGACAGGAGGAGUGGUGGAGGAGGCCUCUAUCGCGGUGGAAGACGUCGGAGAGGCUGCUGGCUGCUGGAGCACAGGUGGUGACGAAGAUGCGGCGAGCGGUGCUGGAGGAAACCAGCUUCACAUGCUCUGCCGGCAUUUCUCACAACAAGAUUCUGGCCAAGUUGGGCUCGGGGCUGCACAAGCCCAACCAGCAGACGAUCCUUCCCACGGAAGCUGCUCAGAAGCUGAUGCAGGACCUGCCGAUCUCACGCCUGAGGGGCCUGGGAGGGGAGAAGCUUGGAAAGGCGAUCCAGGAAGAGUUCCAUGUAGAGACUGUCGGGGAGCUGCAGAAAAUUCCAUGCCCGCUGCUUGUCUCUAAGUUCGGGGACAGCCCGAAGCCGCCGGGGGGGCUGUGGGUCUACCGGAUCGCUAAGGGAAUCUGCUUGCAGCCAGUGAAGGAUCAGGAAUUGGCCAAGUCAAGGGGAUCAGGCAAGAGC